AUGAGGAAACAUCGAAAUGAUGCAGCGCUGGGUGCAACCGUAGCUGAACAGCAGGGCUUUUUUGAUCUGGCUAGUAUACGGCGUGAAUUAGCGGAGUCGAUAAAUCGUCAUCAACGUGAAAAUCCUCGUCAGUCGGAGUGGGCAGAUGGCCGGCGGAAACCGCUCGGAAACCAAUCAUAUCCCCACAGAAUUCUCUCUGUCGCGCUGCGGACUAAGGCACAAGGUCUCUUUACUCGGGCAAGGAUGAAGAGUGACUUGCUUCUAUUUCUGGGAUAUCUUUGUUGUGUUUCACACGCGGGGAGGAGGAGAAAAGUGUGUCCCGGCCUCAAAGAUCCUGACUAUGUGAAUUACUUUAAUAUCCAAAGAUUUAAAGGCUGCACAAAAAUUACCGGAAACAUCAUCAUUAGCGAUGCUACAUUCAACGGUGACCCAUACCUCAACUUGAUGGGACUUCACCCACAUGCUCUCAAAGUGUUUGAAAACGUCCAAGAUAUAACAGGGUGUCUCGUGGUCCAAGGCUAUCAUCCAGACUUCACCAGUCUUUCCUAUUUCAAGAAUCUCAGUCGAAUACGUGGAAAGAGAACGCUACUUGACAAUUCAUUAACAAUAGCAUUCACAUCAUUAAAAUACCUCGGUAUGACAUCAUUGAAAUCAAUACAGCGAGGGAACGUCAUGAUCGCAAGCAACAAAGAUUUAUGUUAUGUUGAUAGUAUAGAGUUCCAGCAAUUCUUUCGAAGAUCCAGAAAUAAACGCCAGAGAGCAGUAGUUCAAAGAAACAAGCCAUUAUUAAACUGUGUUUCAGAGAAUGCAGUGUGUAGUUUACGGUGUUCCUCGAAAGGUUGUUGGGGACCAGGAUAUAAAAACUGUGUUGAAAAGGACACACAUUUUAGCAAUCUUAUAGACAAUAUGUUAUGGACCCAGUCCUUAAACUGGUGAUGUGAUUUGUGAUGUCAUGACAACGCAUUGCUGUACAGUUGACGUCAUUCCAGUAUACCGCAUGAGAUUAGUGGUCCACUGCCUAUUAUUUUUGUUGUUGGUUUUUCUGUUAUUAAACGUUCAUAACUUU